AUGGUAAUUGGGAUAGACUUCGGAACGACUUUUUCGGGCGCGGUGUGGGCCACAGCGGCCGAUCUCAAGAGCAACCAGGUCAACCUGAUCACGGACUGGCCCGGAACCGACGAAGAGGACGCCAAGGCGCCGACGGAGCUGUUUUACGAGGACGACAAAGUCCUCUGGGGUUACGAAAUCCCCGCCGAUGCAGACCCCAUCCGCUGGUUCAAGCUUCUUCUGCUAAAAGACGAAGACCUUCACAAGAAUCUGAAGUCCUCCGAGUUGCUCCUGCGCGCUCGGCGGAUGCUGCGGGAGAACGGCAAAACUGCAAUCGACCUCAUCAGUGACUACCUCCGCCUCCUGUGGCAGCACAUCCUCGAGAGCAUCCACAAAGUCUACGGCGAGCCGGUUGUUGACGCCAUGCCUUUCCACGUCGUGCUCACGGUGCCUGCCAUCUGGAAGAACUACGCUCGCCAGGGCAUGCAGCGGGCUGCCAAGGCGGCAGGCAUCCUGGACCACCGCCCUGCCGGUCCGACGAAGCUGUCGUUUGCCCCAGAGCCCGAAGCGGCCGCCAUGUCCACGUUUUGCGAGCCAAACUGCAGGGCAAAGCCCGGCGAGGUUUACGUCAUUUGCGACGCUGGAGGCGGCACAGUCGACCUGAUCAGCUACAAAAUCGACCGGGUAGAUCCCGUCGCUAUGAAGGAGGCCGUCGUGGGCACUGGGGGCCUCUAUGGCGCCAUCUUCGUUGACGAGGCCUUUGAGUCCAUAUGCAAGGCACGAUUAGGCCGCAGUUGGGACCACCUCAGCAAGGCCGGUAUCAAGGAGAUCAUGAAAGGAGACUGGGAACAGAUCAUCAAGGCCCGGUUCAAACCGGGGAAUGCAAACAAGGAGUAUAUUAUCCGAAUCCCAGUCGAAGCUUUCGCCAACUCCAGUCAGGAUGACACCUCGAGGAAGCCGUUUAUAAAAUACGGUUGUAUCCACUUCGGCAGUGAUGACAUCCAAAAGGCCUUCGCCCAAGUCUUUGAAGGAAUCAAACGGCUGAUAACCGCACAGAUCAACGAAGUCAAGUCCCAACGGCUGACCGUCUCUAAAAUCAUCCUGGUGGGCGGUCUGGGCAGCAGCCCGUAUCUCUACGAGUGUCUCAAGCAGAAAUACGCGAGGUCAAAUAUCACCGUCGUACAGCCGGGCGGCAUCAGGCCCCGCGCCGCCAUCUGCAUAGGAGCCGUCAUCAAAGGAUUCUUGGAAGACCGAGGCAGAGAAGACAGAGGCGGAGAAGAUAGAGCAAAUGCUUUGAUCAGAGUCUCCUCCACCAUAUCCCGAGAAAAUAUCGGCGUUGUAUCUAACUGGCCAUUCGACCCAGAGGUGCACGAUAUCAGGGACAAGUUCUUUGACAAUCGUGAAAACGAGUGGAAGGCCAAGGGCCAAAUGGAUUGGUUUAUCAAGCGGGGGGACAAUGUUGCCACCAACGAACCCGUCAGCCACUCGUUUUACCAGCUCUUCGGGCGAUCUGAGUACACCCGUAAGUUCACUAGGGAGCUGUAUCAAUGCGGCAACCAAGAGCCUCCCUCACGCUUCGGCCCGCAGAUGAAGAAACUCUGCAAAAUCACCGUCAAUCUCAACGUUGAUUACUCCCAGCUGGAGGAUUUCACGAACCCUGUAACGGGACAACGACUCGAGAUUCUCAUGUAUAAUCUAGAGCUGAGGUCAUCGGAGGCUUCUGCCGAAUUCGCCGUCGUCGUGAACGGCAAUCGUUUGGGGGCUAAGAACGUAGACAUGGCUUUCCUGUAGGGGGGCGACGAUUUCACCCACCUUUCCGGCAGGACUCUACCAGUUCAUGCAUGGGCUUCUUUUGGGCAGGUAGGCUUCUAGGAAAGGCAGACCACAC